UAUUUUUCAGGUUGACUGAGCCGUCUGGGUACCUAACAGAUGGCCCCAUCAACUACAAGUACAAAACCAAGUGCACCUGGCUGAUUGAGGGCUACCCAAACGCAGUCCUGAGGUUACGAUUUAACCAUUUUGCGACCGAAUGUAGCUGGGACCACAUGUACGUCUAUGACGGAGAUUCGAUUUAUGCUCCCUUAGUAGCCGUCUUCAGUGGUCUCAUUGUCCCUGAAGUGAAAGGGAACGAGACCGUCCCUGAAGUGGAGACCAACUCAGGCUACGCACUCCUGCACUUUUUUAGCGACGCUGCCUACAACCUGACAGGAUUUGAAAUCUUCUACUCAAUCAACUCAUGUCCAAAUAACUGCUCUGGCCACGGGAAGUGCACCUCGGGGAACUCGAUAGCGAGCCGUGUGUAUUGUGAAUGCGAUAAGUACUGGAAGGGUGCGGCCUGUGACAUCCCGUACUGCAGGAACAACUGUGGCAGCCCCGAUCACGGCUACUGCGACCUCACUGGGGAAAAGCUCUGCAUGUGCAAUGACAGCUGGCAAGGUCCAGACUGCUCACUAACAGUGCCCUCCACUGAGUCUUACUGGAUCAUGCCCACUGUGAAACCUUUUGGAGCAUCGCUGGGAAGAGCAUCUCAUAAGGCCGUGGUGCAGGAAAAGAUCAUGUGGGUUGUUGGUGGCUACGUCUUUAACUACAGCAACUUUCAGAUGGUACUAAAUUAUAAUCUGGAAAGUGGCAUCUGGAACACUGUGCCCAUCAGUAGCGGACCCCUGCCGAGAUACGGACACUCCUUGGCACUAUAUCGGAAUGACAUCUACAUGUUUGGCGGCAAGUUGGAGAUGGGUGCCAGUAACGUGACAGAUGAACUGUGGGUGUUUAACAUACCCAAAAUGACGUGGUCGCAGAAGACCCCCAGUGUGCCGGCCCAUGGCCUGGUCUACGCUGUGGAAGGCCACUCUGCCCAUAUAGUAGAGCUGGAGAACGGUGAUGUGGUGAUGGUGGUCAUCUUCGGCUACUCCUCCAUCUACAGCUACAUCAGCAAUGUUCAGGAAUACAACAUCAGGACAAACACAUGGCUGGUGCCAGAGACCAGAGGAGCGAUCGCUCAGGGUGGGUACGGCCACAGCAGCGUGUAUGACAGCAGCAGCAAGAGCGUGUACGUCCACGGGGGCUACAAAUCUCUUCCAGCAAACAAAUACGGCCUGGUGGAUGAUCUUUACCGCUAUGAGGUUCAGACCCGCACAUGGACGAUUCUUAGAGAAAGCGGUUACCCACGUUACCUGCAUUCGUCUGUGCUGCUGGGAGGAACUCUGCUCAUCUUUGGAGGAAAUACCCAUAAUGACACCUCUCUUAGCAAUGGAGCCAAAUGCUUCUCUGCUGACUUCCUCGCCUAUGACAUUGCGUGUGACGAGUGGAAGGUCCUUCCCAAACCAAACUUGCACAGAGAUGUGAAUCGCUUUGGACAUACUGCAGUAACCAGUAAUGGGUCCAUGUAUGUGUUCGGGGGUUUCUCCAGCGUCCUUCUGAAUGACGUACUAAUCUACAGGCCACCCAGCUGUGAGGCCUUCCUGGGGCAGGAGCGUUGUGAGGCCGCAGGCCCUGGUGUGCGCUGCAUUUGGAAAGAGAGCUACUGCAUGUCCUGGGAGCCCAGCUUCACUAACAGUGCUACACCUGCUCCUUUCUGCCCUGCCAAAGCUGCCACGGUGGAUGAGAGAUGUUACCGCUUUUCAGACUGCACCAGCUGUACCGCCAACACUAAUGGAUGUCAGUGGUGUGACAGCAAGAAAUGCAUCUCAGCUCUCAGUAACUGCACUGCUACUGUGAAGAAUUUCACCAAAUGUCUAAUCAGAAACGAGCAGAUUUGCAGUAAGAUGGCCAACUGCAAGAGCUGCUCCCUCAACCUCAGCUGCCAAUGGGAUCCUCAACAGCAGGAAUGUCACACCCUUCCUGCUCAGCUGUGUGGAGACGGCUGGAGCAAUGUGGGGGAUGCCUGUCUGCAGAUCAACUCCAGCAGGGAGAGCUAUGACAAUGCUCAGCAUUACUGCAAGAAUCUGGAGGGAAACAUCGCCUCCCUUCCCACAGCCAAGCAGGUGGAUUUUGUGCUGGAGGAACUGCAGAAGUACCAGCAGAAGGGGAAGAAACUGUCCCCAUGGGUUGGCCUGAGGAAGAUCAAUGUGUCAUACUGGGGCUGGGAGGACAUGUCUCCAUUCACUAACACCUCUCUUCAGUGGCUGCCUGGUGAGCCCAAUGACUCAGGCUUCUGUGCUUACCUGGAGAGAGCUCAGGUCUCUGGCCUCAGGGCCAAUCCCUGCACCGCCAACACAGACGGCCUCAUCUGUGAGAAACCAGUCGUGAGCCCGAACCAAAACGCCCGCCCUUGUAAGACGCCCUGCUCUCUGCGUACCUCUUGUGAGAACUGCACCAGCCAGGCCAUGGAGUGCAUGUGGUGUGGAAGCACCAAACGCUGCGUAGACUCCAAUGCCUACGUCAUCUCCUUUCCCUACGGCCAGUGUCUGGAGUGGCAGACAGGAGACUGCUUGUCUCAGAACUGCUCUGGUUUGCGUACAUGUGGUCUGUGUCUGGAGCAGCCUGACUGCGGCUGGUGUGGGGACCCUAGUAACACCGGCCGAGGACAGUGCAUGGAGGGUUCGUAUCGCGGACCCAUGAAGAGCCCCUCAAAACAAAGCCAAGACAUGGUGCUGGAGACGGGGCUGUGCCCAAAAGACCGAGGCUUUGAGUGGGCCUUCAUCCAGUGCCCUGCAUGCCAGUGCAAUGGCCACAGCACGUGUGUGAAUGGCAGCGUGUGUGAGCAGUGUCGUAACCUCACCACUGGGCUUCACUGCGAAACAUGCUUGCCCGGAUACCAUGGAGACCCAACCAACGGCGGAAAGUGUCAAGCCUGUAAAUGUAAUGGCCAUGCCAACGUGUGCCAGGUGCUGACGGGAAAAUGCUUUUGCACCACCAAGGGUAUCAAAGGCGACCAAUGCCAGCUUUGCGAUUCAGAAAACCGUUACCUUGGCAACCCCCUCCGAGGAACCUGUUACUAUAACUUGCUGAUUGAUUACCAGUUCACCUUCAGUCUGCUUCAAGAAGAUGACCAGCACUACACUGCCAUUAACUUCAUGGCCACUCCUGAGCAGACCAGCAAGAACUUGGACAUGUCCAUCAAUGCAUCAAACAACUUCAAUCUGAACAUCACUUGGUCAGUUGGGUCAACAGCUGGGACAAUCUCUGGGGAAGAGAUCCCCAUCGUGUCCAAGACCCACAUUAAAGAGUACAGAGACAGUUUCUCUUGUGAGAAAUUCAGUUUUCACAGCAAUCCCAACAUCACCUUCUACGUAUACGUCAGCAACUUCUCAUGGCCGAUCAAAAUCCAGGUGAGGAAACAUUUUGACUGGUUUGGCUUCUACCUGAAUGUUCCUUUGUGAAAUGGAAAUCCACAAAAACAAGUGCUUCUAAAAAAAGAUCCAAUGUUUCUUGAUAUGGAAAUCAAUUAUUCAGUUAUGCACUGGGAAAGGUUUGCAUCUUAUGGUCCAUAAAAUUGAAUCAGCUCUUAAGUGGCAAUGUGUUACUUUGC